CAAAAAGUGUAGUAUGAGUUGUAAAAAAGUAGGGGUGCUUAUAAGAAACUUCUAUUGGAGUAAAAAUUAUAAAAAUAUAGUAUGAGUUGCUUAAAAGUGACGUGACAUAGUAAGACCCAUUUAAAGUGGUUGGGUGUAGUUGCAUAUUGUGCUACAGAGGAUUUUAUCCAAGGUCAAGUAAAAGCCUCUCAAGGUGGGAUACAUUCUCUUCCCACCUCAGGUGGCGUCUCAAAUCAAAUCGCACUUAUAAAACACUAGAUCAUCACCCUAUUGUUACAUACUGAAACUCGUAUAUAUUUAUACGUUUUUCCAUCUGUCUCAACUCUCAACUCUCAACUGGGUGCAGUGCUUUAGAGAGGAUAUGAAAGAGGGUCUCUUACACGCCGCACCCAUAAUAACAUGGAGCGUCUUUGCUCAAGAGAUGAAAACCGUCGCUUAUAUAGCAGCUCCUAUGAUUACUGUUACUCUGUCACAGUAUUUUCUUCAAACAAUAGCAAUGAUGAUGGUUGGUCACUUGGGCAAGCUUGCUCUCUCUAGCACUGCCAUCGCCAUUUCUCUCUGCGCUGUCACUGGCUUCAGUGUUAUUUUUGGAAUGUCAUGUGCACUGGAAACUCAAUGUGGGCAAGCAUAUGGAGCACAGCAAUAUCAAAAAUUCGGUGUUCAAAUUUACACUGGUAUUGUUUCUCUUACUCUAGCUUGUCUUCCUCUAACUCUUUUGUGGAUAUACUUGGGGAAGAUACUCACUUUACUAGGCCAAGACCCUUUGAUUUCUCAAGAAGCUGGAAACUUUGCCUUGUGCAUGAUCCCUGCUCUAUUUGGUUAUGCAACACUUCAGUCCUUGGUUCGAUAUUUUCUUAUGCAAAGUUUGAUCAGUCCCCUUUUCAUUAGUUCCGGCAUUACUCUUUGCUUCCAUGUAGCUUUCUGUUGGCUACUGGUUUUUAAGUUUGGAUUUGGCAACUUGGGAGCUGCAUUUUCUAUUGGAACUUCGUACUGGCUGAAUGUGAUUUUACUCGUAUUAUAUAUGAAAUUCACUCCUGGGUGUGAAGCGACUCGGGUCCCAAUUACAAUGGAAUUAUUCCAUGGGAUUGGGGAGUUCUUCCACUAUGCUAUUCCUUCAGCUGGAAUGAUUUGCCUUGAAUGGUGGUCAGUUGAGCUGCUAACCUUGCUUUCUGGCCUUCUACCAAAUCCAGAGCUUGAAACUUCAGUCUUAUCUAUAUGUUUAUCAAUCAUGACAACAAUCUACACAAUCCCAGAAUCAAUUGGUUCAGCGGCAAGCGCUAGAGUUUCAAAUGCAUUAGGAGCUGGAAAUCCACAAGCAGCACGAGUGUCUGUUUCUGCUGCUAUGGCUCUUGCAGCUUUGGAGGCCAUUCUGGUGAGCUCAAUCAUUUUUUCCUGUAGGGAGGUUUUAGGCUAUGUAUUUAGCACUGAGCAGGACGUGGUGGAUUAUGUUACAGAUAUGGUUCCUCUUUUAAGUCUUUCUGUUAUACUGGACACCUUACAUGGUACUCUUUCAGGUAUUGCUAGAGGAUGUGGAUGGCAGCACAUAGGAACAUAUGUAAACCUUGGAGCUUAUUAUGUUUUGGGAAUUCCAAUUGCUGUUAUACUGGGUUUCUGGGUAAAAUUAAGGGGAAAAGGGUUGUGGAUUGGAAUACUAGUUGGUGCCUUCAGCCAAACAGUUAUGCUAUCUUGCAUAACAAGUUGUACAAACUGGGAAAAACAGGCAAUUAAAGCAAGGGAAAGGUUAUUUCAGACAAGUUUUGCAGUAGAAGAUGGAUUAGUUUAAGCAAAUGGAGAAGAUUCCUUGCAGCUUUGAGCCGGUUUAACUGGUAUUGGUGAAUCAUCCAAUUCUGGUUGCAGAAAAGAUGGGUGUAUUGGAUUAGGGUUUUAAAAGACUUUUUUAGUUGAAAAAAGUCUUGUGAAUUUUAAAUGACUUUGCAGGAUUUUCAUGACUUUUAAGAUUUUAUAGGAUUUCGUAAGACUUUCAAUCAAGAUUUUAAUGGGUUCUGCAAGAUUUUUAAGUUAAGAUUUUAA